CCCGCGCUCCCGGAGCCCAUCCGCCCGCAGGCAGCGCUCAGCCGCAGCCCGGCCCCUGUCCCCGGCGCGCAGCACGGGCACAGCCCUGGGCUGAAAAGUCAUGACAGCUGAAAAGACUAUUCCUAUAAUUAAUGGCAAGCCAGAAGAUGCUUUGGACCCAGAAGCCUCAAGUACCAACCUCGUCCACAGCAAUGAUAAGAAAGUUCAUGAAAGAGGUCACUGGAACAAUAAGGUUGAAUUUGUGCUUUCUGUGGCMGGGGAGAUUAUUGGGUUGGGAAACGUCUGGAGAUUCCCAUACCUUUGCUACAAGAACGGAGGAGGAGCUUUCCUCAUCCCCUACGUGGUUUUCUUUAUUUGCUGUGGAAUACCAGUAUUUUUCUUGGAGACGGCCUUGGGACAGUUCACAAGUGAAGGAGGCAUCACAUGCUGGAGGAAAGUUUGCCCUCUAUUUGAAGGCAUUGGCUAUGCUACCCAAGUUAUAGAGGCACACCUAAAUGUUUAUUACAUCAUCAUUUUAGCAUGGGCUAUCUUCUAUUUGUUCAACUGCUUUACUACAGAGCUUCCCUGGGCUUCCUGUGGCCAUGAAUGGAAUACAGAAAACUGUGUGGAAUUUCAAAAACUUAACAUGAGCAACUGCAGUCAAGUCUCUUURCAAAAUGCCACUUCUCCAGUGAUGGAAUUCUGGGAACGAAGGGUGCUGGCAAUUUCUGAUGGGAUYGAGCACAUUGGGAAUCUGCGCUGGGAGCUCGCCCUGUGCCUCCUGGCUGCUUGGACUAUCUGCUACUUCUGCAUCUGGAAAGGGACCAAGUCCACUGGGAAGGUGGUGUAUGUGACAGCCACGUUCCCCUACAUCAUGCUGAUGAUCCUCCUGAUUCGGGGGGUGACAUUACCUGGUGCUUCUGAGGGGAUUAAAUUCUACCUUUAUCCCGACAUUUCCCGGCUCUCUGACCCACAGGUGUGGGUGGAUGCUGGCACCCAGAUUUUCUUCUCCUAUGCCAUCUGCUUGGGGUGCCUGACAGCCCUGGGGAGCUACAACAACUACAACAACAAYUGCUACAGAGACUGCAUCAUGCUCUGCUGCUUGAACAGUGGCACAAGCUUUGUUGCUGGUUUUGCUAUCUUUUCAGUUCUUGGAUUUAUGGCCUAUGAGCAAGGCGUGCCCAUUGCAGAAGUUGCAGAGUCAGGCCCAGGGCUGGCAUUCAUUGCUUACCCUAAAGCUGUCACCAUGAUGCCUCUGUCUCCUCUGUGGGCAGCUCUGUUCUUCAUGAUGCUCAUAUUCCUGGGACUGGACAGUCAGUUUGUGUGUGUGGAAAGCAUUGUGACCGCCGUGGUGGACAUGUACCCCAAGGUGUUCCGCAGGGGYUACCGCAGGGAGCUGCUCAUCCUCGGCCUCUCCAUCGUGUCCUACUUCCUCGGCCUCAUCAUGUUAACUGAGGGUGGGAUGUACGUGUUUCAGCUCUUUGACUCCUACGCAGCCAGUGGGAUGUGCCUUCUCUUUGUUGCCAUMUUUGAGUGUGUCUGCAUAGGCUGGGUGUACGGCAGCAAUCGCUUUUAUGAGAACAUCGAGGACAUGAUUGGGUACAAACCYGUGUCAUUGAUUAAAUGGUGCUGGAUGGUCCUCACUCCAGGUAUUUGUGCAGGAAUCUUCAUCUUUUUCCUGGUGAAGUACAAGCCCCUGAAAUAUAACAACGUGUACAUCUACCCCGACUGGGGCUACGGCAUCGGCUGGAUGAUGGCRCUCUCCUCCAUGGUCUGCAUCCCGCUCUGGAUCUGCAUCAAGCUCUGGAAGACUGAGGGCACUUUCAUGGAGAAAUUCAGGAAGUUGAUUACACCGAGCUCAGACCURAAAAUGCGGGGCAAGCUCGGAGGAGGAGCCUACAUUGCAGCAAUAAAUGACUGCGAUGCCAAACUGAAAGGAGAUGGCACCAUUUCCACCAUCACAGAAAAGGAGACACAUUUCUGAAAGAACUCUUUUUUUUGUUUGGUUUUUUUGUUGUUUUAUUUUUUUUUUUUGUAUAAAGAAAUAAAUAAAUUCACUUAAUUAUAGAGGCUGGCUUGUUUUGCACAGAAUUUUAUUAACCAGUUAAUUUUAAAGUGAAAAUUGUAUACUUGUUUAAAAAGUGAUUUUUUAAAAUUACUCUGUACGUAAUGAUUCUGUAAAAGAAAAAGAAAUUAGUAUUAUAUGGCCUGUUAGCAAUGACUUCCUGUAAUAUGGUGAUUUCAGUCGAUGUUUUUUUGGUUUUUUUUAGACCUUAGAGGGACCUGUAUAAUGUGCUGUAAAACUUUUCUACUUGGAUUUUGUGGCAGGUGUGCUGAUGUUGUGUGGACCUUCUAAGCUGUAAUGUUUCAGAAGCUGAAGUUUCAUCCCAGCUGUGUGUGUGCACACAGGACCCAGCCUGGCUUUGCUUGGGAAGAAAUCUCCUUCCAGGGCGGGUUUGGUGACGCUGCUGCUCCCAAUGUUCCCUCCACGCUCCCCUGGUGUCACCAGGGCUGAAAUGAGGAGGGACGGGCCCUCUGCCGAGUCCCUUUUCCUGGAGAUGGGGUAGAGGCUGGUUCUKAAGGGCUCUGAAUUUUGCUGCUGUGAGUUCCUGGUCCCUGAGAGGAUGUGCUCCUCAGGAAACCUCCCAAACCUUGCCCUUCUCCUCGGUGGGUGACCUGUCCUGCAUUUUGGCCACSCCCUGGAGUGACCCCUGCGUGUCUGUGCUCCCACUGCAGGAGGUCAAGGAUAUUUCCUGGAGCUGGAGAUGUUCAGAGCGAGGAGGAGCAGGUCGAGGGCUCUGUGUGUCACCCUCUGUCUCUGCCUUUGUCUGUCUGUACAGCUCACCCCCUCCAAARGAAUCCAGGAUCCUGCAGGUGUGUCCUGUGCAGGGCCAGGAGCUGGCCUGGGUGCUCCUCGUGGGUCCCUUCCAGCUCGGGAUGUUCUGAUUCCUCUCCAAAAUCUGUUCUGAGCACCCUCAGAGCAGGCACUGGUUCCUCUGCCCCGCUGGGAUCGGGGCUUGCACUGCAGCCAGAGUAGGAAUUUCUUCAGCAAACAUUGGAUUUAUGGUCCUUUAUCCCUGCAGGAGCCCCAGGAUAAUCCUGUAUCUCUGUAGGGUGCAGAAGUUACAGGACAGCCCCAUAUCUCUGUGUGGUGCAGGAGUUACAGGACAGUCCCAUAUCUCUGUAGGGUGCAGGAGUUACAGGACAGCCCCAUAUUUCUGUGUGGUGCAGGAGUUACAGGACAGCCCCAUAUCUCUGUAGGGUGCAGGGGGGAUUCAGCCAGGGACACUGUGACCCCUCGGUGUCACAAAGGGAGCAGGGCUGGGUUUGUCCUGCCCAGGACCCUGGAUUUAACGGGUUCUGACCCCCUGGAUUUAACGGGUCCUGACCCCCUGGAUUUACAGCUGGUUUUGUACAUGGAUCCAGCUGCUGGCUGGCUGCUCCAGGAGCUGUGCAGAUACCCCACUCUCAAACCCCUAAACUCUGCCUUAGGAUGGUUGGUUAUUUUUUUACCUGAUAAUAUUCCAAACACUAUUAUUUGUUCUGGACAAUUCUUCGUGCCCUGUUUUUGUUAUUUGAUGGUUGUAUGAGAACCCUGUGGAGGACCAGCAUCCUGCACUGCACAGGAUUUGGGGGAAGAGACAAGAGCCAGCCCAGAAGAAACGUCCUAAAAGCUGCUGCCUUCUCUGCCACUCCACCCCAGCGGAGCUCAGACACCAGCACCUGGAGCUGUUGGGAACAGAAGCGGCUCCUGGCCUCGUCCCGAGGAAGUAUUUCCCUCAAAGUCACUGAGUGUAUCUUAAUAUCAGCUAGAACUGUACCUGCAGGCAGCAUUUCUCUGAGCUCUYGCUGUUACUUCCUAAAAACGCAUUUUCAUGGAACUGCUUUGUCUCAAGUCACUUCAUUAAACCCUAAUAGA